CAGGCCCUGUCGCCAUUGAGCAAAGCUAAUACUCUCAAGGCAUAUGGUCCCCCAAAAUCUUUGCUAGAGAUCCAGGAAAACAAACAAACAACAACAAAAUCCCUGGGCUACUUCUCCCAGCGCCCCACCCCACCUCCCGGCUGGCUGCAAACUUCCUGGCCCCCUGGACGGUGCACUGCGGGACACCGCGGUCAGGGCGGGUGGGGACCUGCUGCUGGGAUGCGGCUCCAGCCGCGCAGCUGAGUGCGACGCGGGAGCUCCGGAGCCGCUGGCGUGGGAGCAACAGUGAAAGCAGCCAGCCUGAGAUAUCGACACUAGAGAAAGAAACUGACAACUCACUCCUUGUAUUGAUCCCACUCUUCUCUACAAACACAGACUCUACUCCCUACCACAGCCUACAGUUCUGCCCCAGAGACCACAAGUAUGAAUACCACAGACAGUGGUGUCAACUGUCUGUGUGCCAUAUGUGGGGACCGAGCAACAGGGAAGCACUAUGGGGCAUCCAGCUGUGAUGGCUGCAAGGGAUUUUUCCGGCGCAGCAUCCGGAAAAGUCACGUUUACUCCUGCAGGUUCAGUCGCCAAUGUGUUGUUGACAAGGACAAAAGGAAUCAAUGUAGAUACUGUCGAUUAAGAAAGUGUUUUCGAGCAGGAAUGAAAAAAGAAGCUGUGCAAAAUGAGAGGGACAGAAUAAGUACCAGAAGAAGCACAUUUGAUGGCAGCAACAUCCCCUCCAUAAACACUCUGGCACAAGCUGAAGUCCGCUCUCGCCAGAUCUCAGUCCCAAGCCCCAGUGCCAGUACUGACAUAAACGUUAAGAAAAUUGCAAGUAUCAGUGACGUUUGUGAAUCUAUGAAGCAGCAGCUCUUAGUCUUGGUGGAAUGGGCCAAGUACAUCCCUGCCUUCUGUGAACUGCCCUUGGAUGACCAGGUGGCCCUGUUGAGAGCUCACGCGGGAGAACACUUACUGCUUGGAGCUACAAAGAGAUCCAUGAUGUAUAAAGAUAUUUUGCUUUUGGGAAACAACUACGUUAUUCACCGGAACAGCUGUGAAGUUGAAGUCAGCCGUGUGGCCAAUCGCGUCCUCGAUGAGCUGGUUAGACCAUUCCAGGAGAUCCAGAUAGAUGACAAUGAGUACGCAUGUUUGAAGGCCAUUGUGUUCUUCGACCCAGAUGCAAAGGGACUGAGUGACCCCGUGAAAAUUAAGAACAUGCGAUUCCAGGUGCAGAUCAGCCUGGAAGACUACAUCAACGACAGGCAGUAUGACUCCCGAGGCCGCUUCGGAGAGCUGCUCCUGCUGCUGCCAACCUUGCAGAGCAUCACCUGGCAGAUGAUCGAGCAAAUCCAGUUCGUCAAACUGUUUGGCAUGGUCAAGAUCGACAACCUCCUUCAGGAAAUGUUGCUGGGGGGUGCUGCCAAUGAUGGCAGCCAUCUCCAUCACCCAAUGCACCCACAUUUGUCCCAGGAUCCACUAACUGGGCAAACUAUACUUCUAGGUCCCAUGUCCACACUGGUUCAUACAGACCAGAUCUCAACUCCAGAAACCCCACUGCCUUCCCCACCCCAGGGCUCAGGACAAGAACAGUACAAAAUCACUGCAAACCAAGCUUCGGUCAUUUCACACCAAUCCCUCUCUAAACCAAAGCAGUUGUGAGAAUGUGCUUGCUGCUGACUGGUACUGUGUAAAUGUGAAACACAUUGGUCUGCAAAUCUCUCAGGAUGGUACUUUUGCCAACUUUUAGGCAAGGCUUCUUCAUGGUGCUCUUGUAAGCUGGUCUCCUAUUUUCUUGUUUGUAAACACAUUAUGUUUAUUGAUGAUGUAAAGUAAAGCCUUUACAUGCAACCUAUGUAUAUUUGAAUUUGAAGUUGUUUUAUAGUGUAUUGUUUCAAACUAUCCAUGCACUGUGCCCAAACCACUGGGAUCUUAUGUAUGACUUUCAGUUUUUUUCAUAACAUUAAUUUAAAUCUGUAAAUAAUUGCUUUGUUGUGAUGUGAUGCAGAAUUAAGUAUUCUUUUUGGUUAAAGUAAAUCAGAAAUACUAGGUAAUAUAAAAAUUAACCAAAUUAAAAAAAUAAAUUGUAAACUUGAAGAUUAGAAGAGGUGAGCAGUAGCUGUAGACUAGAGCAUUUCUCUAAAAGAUAAUAUGUCAGGGCCUUCUGUUGCCUGCAGGAAAUGUUUCCAUGCUAACUUCAGAGAACUAACACCAUUUUAGAGAUGACUGGAUAGUCUCUGCAAUGUGACUAUAUUUGAAGAGGUUUGCUAAGGGAGACAAGUUGCUUCUUUCAGUUAGGAUUCAAGCCAAAGUAAAACAAAGACAUUCUAAACAAUGGCACAACCAAAAGGGCAUUCAUUUCUCACUCCUGGGAAAUGUGAAAAGUCACCCAUUCAUUAGAACUUAGCACAUCCCCACACCAGCUCUCAGUGAAGCCAGGAGAGGCUUUUUAUAGGGACCUUGGUCGGUUCAAGUUAUGCAACUCUGGGAGAAAGGAUACUGGGGAACAAGUCAUUGAACACAUUUGUGCAAACCAACUCUGGUUGGCUUUAAUGAGAUUAGGUAACAAAAGAACUCAUGAAAGUCUACGGUGUGGUUUUGAAAAUUUACAGGGCUGACAAUGGAGUAUUAUUUGCCAUGGUACUCAUAAAUGAAAGUGACAAAUACAGAACUUCUCUCAGUAUUUUCAGUGAGGAUAAGAGGCCGGUUUUGUACUUUCUUCUAUCCUCACAUCUUCCCCUAAAACACAAAGAACAUAAAAACAUUGGUUUUGAUGACUCAGGAAAAUUUGCAACCUAGGAAUGUACUGAACAUCUAAAUCUAGACUGAGGAGUAACCCUAACUACUUGAGAUUAUCCACAGCUGGGGUUUCUUUUAAAAGCAUUAAUCAUAGGACACCUCAUAAAGCAGCAAUGCCUCUCUGUUCUCUCUCUCUCUCUCUCUCUCUCUCUCUCUCUCUCUCUCUCUCUCUCUCCCUGCCUCUGUUGUUCUUUCCCUCGACUAUAUUUACAGAUGAAGUGAAAAAUGCUUGAAUAUAUAUGUAAAUAUUAUUAUAUAAGUAUAUAAAAUUGAAUAUAUAUCAAAAGAAAAAAGCACCUGAAGCUGUAAAAUUUUGGGUUAAACUUUUCCAUGGCCCUUCUUAGUUUCUCAGAUUAUGAGUCAUAAUUUCCACCUACUUACAAGUGUAAAGAUCAUUUUAAUAUUAACUAACUUGGCUCCAAAUGGGAAGUAAUGUGGCAGCUAUCAGUGGGGUUCACCGAAUCAACUGUAUUUAUUCAGAUGCUAUUAUCUUUAUGAAACUAAAAUGUAACCUUGAUGGAGUGGGGAGGAAGAGAGAGAGAGAGAGAGAGAGAGAGAGAGAGAGAGAGAGAGAGAGAGAGAGAGAGAGAAAGGGGUAUUCCUUAAUUUUUAAUAUUUUUAAAAUUUACUCUUGUUUCAUGAAAUAAGCAAGUUACUAAAUUUCAUGAAUGCAAAUAUCAACUUUAGGGUUUGUCUACUUGUUUAAUGUUAAUCUCCUAAAAGAAAAAAAAUAGUCUAUCCACAUCACUAUAACAAAAUAUCGUCUACUGGGAAGAAUAAACAGAAAUUUAUUUCUCAUAGCUUUCCAUGUUGCAAAGCCUAAGAGCAAAGAGUUGUCAGGUUCCCUCUCUGAUCUGUAGAUGGUGAUUUCUGAGAAAGCUCGCAGGGGACCACUUUGGUAAGAACACCAUUCUCAUCCAUGUGGGCUUCACCCUCAUGACCUCUUCACCUGCCGGCAUCUCCACCUUCACAUAUCAUCAUAUUUUUGACUGUAUUGCAACAUAAAUGAGGAGGCAUAUGGACAUUCAGACCAUAGCAAAUAAUUUAAAAACACAAAAUAUAAAAUUUAUUUUUGGUGAAUAAUGUAUUCAUAAAGAUUUACUAAAAAUAUAUGUUUUAGAAACUAUUGCUAAUAAUUUUUUAAUAACUAUGGUCAGGGAACGUGUAAUAUAGUAUUUUUAUAUACCAAGUUGUCAGAAAUAGUGGACAAAGAAGAAUUGAUGUUUUCAGUGUAUUAUCAUGAUAUUGUUAAGAAAAGUCAUUGCGUUUAUAUAAUACACUUUUUCAGGUGAUAGAUAAAAAUAAUUUAUUGUGAAAUAACAAUUCAUUUUAUAAAUGCAAAAUUAUUUUUAUAAAUUUCAUUGUUGAAAAUCAGAAAUGAAUAGUUUUUUAAAUGUUGAAUUACAGUGAGAUUAAAAUAUUUCUAAACUGUGAUGCCUGUUUUACUGAGCUUUCUAAAUAAAAACUGA